AUGGCUAAUCUCCCUAACUUGCGUCGUCUCUUUGUUGAGGCCAGAACAGAGGCCGAGGAGAACGAAUACUCGCGAACAGCUUUCUAUAACCUUGUCCUUUUCAUCUCUUCUGUCGCCGUCUUCAGUCUAGUGGCGCAGCGCAUGAGCGGACCAAAGGCCGGGCGUUGA